CAACAACCAGCCAAACUAAAUUAGAUAAAUUCAUCAAAGAAACAAUAAGAACUAAAUAAUUAUCUUGAAAAUAUCAAAUAUAAAUAUAUGAAAGAUUGAAUGAGUAUUUAAAUUCUAACGUCGAUUAUGUAAACUGAGAAAACAAUAAAAGGGAUAUAGCUAAACGAGCAAUGACACCGUUGGCUUUGACAUUUCUGGCUCUUGUUUGUUCCAUUUUUGGGACCACAUCCGAAAAAGUUAAACAUGACCAGAAUAUUAAUGCGUAUGGGAUCAAUCCUAAGUUACCACAUGUCUAUAAUAACUUUAAAAAUGUUGUUAAUGGUAUAACAACUUUUACUUUAGAUAGUAAAGAUAUCCAACAUCAACCAAAAAAUUGGAGACAUUUUAAUGUAAAUGCUAGAAAUAAGAAAAUAAACAAGAUUGAUCAUAAUCUAGUCCCAGAUGAAUUGUACGAAGCUCAAGUACAAGUAAAACAAAAACUAUCAAAUGAAUACAAAAAUAAAAAUGAUGUCAAUAAAGACAAAACUGAAAAUACAUCAAGAAAGAGACAGUACCAUAUUAAAGACAGAAGAAAAAGAGAGACAGAUGAAGAUCCUCGAUGCAAACCGUUCAAGUUGACACGAGAAAAUGAUAAGAUAGUCGUGAAGCAUCCGAAGAGUGAGAAAGAACAGGAGAAUGCGAAACCUGGAGAAGGCACGUACACAAGCAAUACCUCGUGCUUUACGACUAUAGAAGCUGUCGAGGGCCAGGUGAUAGAGCUGACGUUUAUAGACGUCUUUGAGAUAGAGUACAGCCCUGAAUGUAGAAAUGAUUAUUUAGAGAUCCGUGACGGUAAAUUUGGCUACGCAAGGCCGGAGUACAGAUACUGCGGGAAAGGCUUUCCCCCCCAAAUCACCUCCACUGGCCCCUACCUGUGGCUCAGGUUCAGGUCCGAUGAGAUUAUCGAGUAUGCUGGCUUCACCAUCGAGGUCAACUUUCUCCCUAGGAACAGUCGACCAAUAGAUGACUCCUGUUACUUAACUAAACACCAAUCGAGCGACAUCAUCGAUGGCACCAGCACCAGCUCAGACCUCGAGAAAUGUCGAGGAGCCACCCCAGGUUCUAUGCCUCUAGAUGUGCAGUGGAAGAUAGAAACUGAACCAGGGAGUCAGAUAUAUCUGAACAUAACGAUGUUCCAGUUAGCUAAUCCGAACAAUUGCUCCAAAAACACGGUGCAAAUAUUUGGCGCUAAACCAGAUUUUGACCAUUUGUUAGGAGAGUACUGCAGCUCCGUAGCCAAGCCUCUCUGGACGGAAGAAGGCAAGAAGAUAAACCCCGGCCCGGCCAACAUCAUGUACAUCCGGCUGUUCAGCGUGGACCGGAAGUCCAACUUCAGCGCCGUGUACACUAAAUUCCGCACCACCGAUUCGUGCGAGAAGGAUGAGUUCAACUGCAAGGACGGCACGUGCAUCUCAAGCGCGCUGCGGUGCGACGAAAUCGCACACUGCAGGCUUAAGGCGGACGAGGAUCCUGUGGAGUGCAAGGGCGAGGCGCAAUCCCUGGUGCGAGACAAGGACACCCGCACCAUCCUCAUCGUGUUCUCACUUAUCCUCUCGGGGAUGGUCUCCGUUUUCCUCUUCAAGUGCAUCCGGAAACUGUACAACGACCAGAAGCUCAUCAAUGAGUACAAGGCGCAGUUCCAUGAUGACCUGAACAAGGCCGCCAGCCAGCUAACCCUCGAUCCGAUGAGAGGCUGUAAGGACAGCCUCGGCCUCGAAAAUGAGCACUUCACCAACGAGAUGAACAGACAAAUGCACCGACGAAGAUCAAGCAGUGUUAGUAUGGAGUCGGAUCUGCUACACUCGCGCGCCGACGACGUCUGGCCUGACAGUGAGCCUUUUGUGUCAGGCAGCAAGGUCAGGGGAAGAAAGACGGACUACAGCAGGGGACAAGACUCAUCAAGGGAAGAGGAAAGAGACCUACCCACUACAGUCCAGGAGAUCCAAGACAUUGGGUGUCAGACGAGGGACAGUCUGUUCCAGACGGCUCCUAUACUUCCUGCGACUAAUGGUUCCAAGUCGGGUUCCAACAGCCGCGCUGUGUCUGGCGUGGCUCCCCGCUCCCCCACCCCUCACCUCACCGUGGAACUACUGCGCCAGGCUACAGCACAAGACAUUAGCACUGCUCCAGAACCCGAUGGCCGCCCUUUGAGCACCGAAACCACUAAGUCAGCUCCCGACGUCAUACAGAUCUACUGAAACGUAGCUUACCUUCUGUAUAAAAACUUAGUUCCUAUUUCCUCACAGGAUAUUGCUUUCUUGUUAUCCAUGCUAAUAUUUUAUAUGGGAAAGUGUUUGUGUCUGUUUGUUUGUCCGUCUUUCACGGCAAAACGGAGCGACGAAUUGACGUGAUUUUUUAAGUGGAGAUAGUUGAAGGGAUGGAGAGUGACAUAGACUACUUUUUGUCUCUUUCUAACGCGUGCGAAGCCGCGGCCAUAAAGCUAGUUUUACAUAAUUUAAUGUAUAAUUAGGAGUGAAAGCAGAUUUCGUAGAAAA